AUGCCUCCAGCUCGUGUCUCCUCACACACGUGCUCCAUGUGCUGCUCACGAGCCGCCACACGUCCACUCACCACGGCUGGUCUGUUCCUACUGAACACUGACGCCGCUCGGCUCUCACCAAACGAGAGGGAAAUUUUCACCCUUCGCAUCCGUCUCCCUCCCUCUCCCCUGUACGGUGUAUAUCUGUCUCUGUCGGUGUUUUCCUGGCGCGCACUUUCAAUGCGGCGGGCGUUUCAUUCACGCUCGGUAUUAAAGCGGAUGUUUUCUUUAACGGAUGCUCGGAAGAUGUCAUUUGUUGUCCUUCCUAUAUUUACUUCAGAUUACUUUAAAGCGAUGCCCGCCACACCAACGACCACCAUGAGUCAAACAGCCCCGGGACUCCUGUAUGUGUACAGUCAACAGUGUACACCGGGUGUUAUAACUCGGAGUAACAAACUUUCUGAAUGCGACCGUUCACUCGUAGUAUAG